GUAACUUUGUUAACACAAUUAUUAUAACACAACUAAUUAGUUAAGUAACUAAAAUCAAGUAAAUAUUGUCAGAUUUUUGUUUUUGAGAUCUAAUGUCACUAAAAAUGACAGACAAGAUUCAAAUUAUAGUGUGCCAUAUGAAAAUACCCUGCUCUGAUUGGUGUAUUGUUUUCUAUGGUUUAAGUUGGCGGGUUUUUUCGCUAAAUUAUUCAAAUUAACUGUUAUUAGGCAACUAAGCAUACAUUUACCAACUGAAUCAUCUUCCAAUCAGUAAGGAAAAUAUUUACAGUGCUUAUCAGCAUUUAGCGACUGAUAGGUAAUUAAGAAACGACUUUCCAUUGUGUACAUUGCGUGUACUAUUCUGUGUGAAUCAAUUACUGCAAAUAUCAUUUUUUGUUGCGACAGCUGUUUUUAGGUUAGCUAUAAACAAAAACUUUUUUGUUGUUCUACACAGAUUCUGUGUCACAGAAAUGGAGGGUGGAAACACUUUUGUGGACUUGUUGAAGACCAUCUACGAGAUCAAAUCCCCCGAUCACGAGCAUUCACAAAAAAAGGCUGUGUUUGCCAAUUUGCUCUUUGAUAUUGGAACAGCACUGGAACGGGGAGACUACAGGGAAGGCCUGAAGGCUUUAAGGCAGUGUAUUGUUUUUUUCAGAAGUGAGCCUAACAUAAUAAUAUAUAAAAUAACCGAGCAUCUGUUUCAAGCAGUUGAAAAGUUGUGUUGUUAUUGUUAUUACAAGCUCAACGAGAAUUUUUCUGAGUUGAGUUCCUUGAUUCACGAUGAAACCAAGUUGACUAUGUUUAUGCUCACUAUUAAUUAUAUGGAGGAAAGGGGGCUGACCAUGGAUUUUAUUGCAAAUAGUUUGAUGACUAUACGGGAAUAUCUUUACGAAAAUAAUUUUACUUGUGACGAGUUUGAGAUUAAAGAGUGUAAGAAAAAGAAGGGUAAAAAAGGUAAAACUGGUAAAAAAGAUAAAAAAGAUAGAAGAGAAAAAAUUCAAAAAAUUGACUUUGCCAAAUUGGUCGAAUUUACUAAUACUCUUAACACAAUGUUUUCUGAUGAUUCAAUACCUGAGAAAGCUGAAGUACCUGUACCUGAAACAGUUGAAGAAAGAAAAAAAACUGAAACACCCAAAAAAACGGCAAAAAAGUCACCAGAGACACCAACAAACUCAUCUAAAGAAAUAAAAUCAGCAACUGUGGUCAUACAAAAUGAACCCCAAGUUGAAACAGUUCAAAAUAAUUCAACUCAGACUGAAAAACCAAAAUGCACAAAUAUUUCUGUCCAGACUGAUAAACCAAAACACAAAAAUGCUUCUAUUCAAGCAGAUUUGACUGAGAUUGCGGAAUCGCAAAUUUUGACCAUUGUGACCGACAUCAAAAAAAGCAUCAAUAAAACGAACAAAAAGGACGAAGAAAUCGACGAGCUCAAAAAGCAACUUGCCGAAGAGAAAGAAAAUUUUAAAAAUUACCGAAAGCAAGUCGCUGAGGAAAACGACAAAAAACUCAAAUCACUCGAGGUUCAGUGCGCGGGCUUAAGGAUUACUGUGACCCAACUUGAAGCUGAACGUAAGGCAAAUCAGGAAAAAUUAAUUUCCGUCAAUAGGAUUCUUUUAAGUCAGUUGGAGUUUAGGCGCAAUUUGCAAAACGUUGUGUUUAAUUUCUACGAAAACAAGUGCAGACAAACGCUGCACUUUUUAAAAGGAAUGAGGCAAUUCGUCAUCAAAGACUUGGUGUCGAGCAACGAAGAAUUCCACAACUUCGUCAAGAUGUGGAAGACCGUUUUAAAAAAUAUAGAAACCCAAAAACACCAGUACAUGGCCGAUUUCGACGAAAUGGAGAAAUCCAUGCGCAGCGGUAAAAACCAUCGGACCCUCGAUUGGCCGAACAUACACGACCCCUCCAACGUGGAACUGUUCGCGGAGUUCGUGAACUCGACGAUUCGAAGGCACGAGGAGUUCGUGCAACAGUCGAAGAGCGGUAAAAACCUCAAGCGCCAGCCGCCGGAUGCCAAAAAAGAAGCGCUUUCUGCGCGUGAUUCUCCAGAAGGGUCUGAAGAAUCGAAAAAGUCGACGGGAAGUCAGUUCAAGCCUAAGGCAGCACAUGGUAAUGCUUCUGGUUGGCAAUCACAUAAGCUGGAAACUAAGAAAGAAAAAGAAGCUGUUAGUUUAAAUUCUCCACAUGUUACUGGAGAAAAGUCUCUCUACGUUUAUCUUAUGGAAAACACCGGUCUCAGCGAAGAGGUCCUUUGUUCAGUCCUAACCACAAUGACAAUGAAAAACAAGGACUCCGUUUGCGGUCGACCGAAAGAGCAAAUUUUAAAGGAAGUCAGAAAACUGAUUUCGACCAACAAGUCUAAAAAUCCAUGGGCUAAUACGCAUAAAAAUGUUCAGUGGCAGUACCUACGAGGACGCCGAAAAAAGUUGCCCAAUUUGUUUUGAGGAGUAUAAUGACCAUAAUGUUUAUAUUUUGCCUUGCAAACAUGAAUUUCACAAGAAGGUAGGUUUUUUACUACAAAAAAAUAUAAAAAACUAAAAUCGAGCAUAUUUUGACAUUGUCCUUAAAUAAUGUUAAAUUUUAUUUAUGUUUUUUCUAAUGCAUUCAAACUUGGCUUAAAACAGGAAGUUGUUGUCCAAUUUGCAGGGUACAUACCCCAUUUGAGGGAGAUUUUCCUGCCCUUAAGAGAACUUUUUAAAAUGUUGAUAUUUAAUUUUAUAUUUGUAAGAAAAAAUUAACUAAGUAGGUACCUACCCAAGAUACAUACCUACUUAGAAAUGAGCAUGUUAAACAAUCACUGUUAGUUUUACACAGAGAUUAUAUUUUGUUUAUACUAAAAAUAAAAGAUUAUUGAUUAUUGAUGAUUAAAAAUGUGCCAUAAACAAUUUGAUGUUAGUUACUUAAUAAUAAAAAGUAUUAUGUUUAGUUAUUAUGUAUGUAAUAAAAUUAAAAACAUUAUUUUGCUUGAA